AUGUCACCAUCCUUUGUGCCAUGUAUGAUGCCAGCGGCGUUGAGUCCACAUAAUGUCGAGAUGUAUCGUCAAAUGAUGAUGAUGAACGGCCCAUGUAGUCCGUUAUACGGAAGCAUGGCAGCUGCCGGCAUGAAGAUGGACGUCCCUUUGGCCGCAAGCAUGCGAUCGUCCAAUCCUCUCAAUCAAAUGAACCAAAUGCGGUUACCGUUCGUUGGCUCACCGAUAACGUCAAUGGCUAACAGUAUGUCACAUGAUGGUUUACGGCGAACACGAGAUGGAAAAGUGAAGAAGGUGAAGCAGGAAGAUCACAUCAAGAAGCCAUUGAACGCAUUCAUGUGGUUCAUGAAAGAGAAUCGGCCAAAACUCAUGGAGGAGCUUGGCUAUAAAGAGAAACAAAGUGCCGAACUGAACAAAGAACUCGGGAAGCGAUGGCAUGAUCUACCCAAGGAAGAGCAGCAAAAGUAUUUCGACAUGGCUCGUGCUGAUCGAGAACAACACAAGGUGAAAUAUCCAGGCUGGUCAGCCCGCGAGAACUACGCAGUGCAUAAGCGAAAGAAGAAGAGGCGUGAUAAGAGCGAGGAUGUAUCCGACAUGAAGAAAUGCCGCGCACGAUUUGGAAUCGCCAAUACCGAUCAGUGGUGCAAGUUCUGUAAACGGAAGAAGAAGUGCAUGUAUUCGACGUACGAUCCCACUGAUGCAUUGUCGGAAGAGCAUAAUGAUCGAACUUCAUCAGGACCGUCACCGUUGACUUCGUCACUGGGCCCGUCGCCUCUUGGUGGUGUUGUCGAUCACGAUGCCUCAGAUUCCGAAUCAGAAGUGGAUGAAGAAGAUCGUACGCUCGUUGAUAUGGACAUUCAAGAAGCGGCAAUGCAACAACAAGCGAUCACACGAGACAACGAGUUGGCAGCAUUCUGA